ACCAAUAUCAACCGGCGCGUGGACGAUCAGCAGCUCAGUUUUUAUCCAUCUUUGGUUCAAUGUUUCUGUCACAGAAUUCGAUUCUUUCUUUAAUUAAUCGUCUACCGUCAGUAUGGUGGGUCAAAAUUAGUUUGAUCCCAAAUGGAUGCUAAGUCGACAUUUUCAAACUGCCAAUAGAUAAAAAAGGCGAAGUGCCCGUGUAUGCAAAUGAGGCCAGAGGUCGACACGUGGGAUUCAAGAUGGCGGCCACUGGAGUUAUUUCUUACUCGCCAAAUGGUAGCUUUUUGGCAGUUUGCAGCCCCGAUGGGCGCCUUUCUUUAUGGGAUACCACUUCAGCGACAAUAACUCAACAGUACACGCCAAGUUCACACCUGUCAGCCACCUGUACCUGUUUAUCCUGGUGCCCAACAAGGACGGAACCAGCUAAGAAGAAGAGACGAUCACACAAACUACUGAAGCGAGAGAAUGAUGCCUCAGCAAUCUCCACCUCUGAUCUGCUCGCCAUGGGAACUCGAGCUGGCACCAUCCUUUUGUAUAGUCUUGCCAAAGCAGAUCUACACAGACACAUGGACCAGGGCCACACAGACAAGGUCAAUGACAUGUGCUGGCACCCAGACGGUGAGACGAUAUUCAGCUGCUCCGAUGAUCAGCACAUUGUUGAGUGGGAUGCCACCCAUGGCCAAGUGAAAUGUAAGUGGAAAGCAGACACCCAUUCUGUUCACUCCGUCUGUCUCUGUCCUGGGGCCCGAGCCCUCCUCUCGGCAGGCAGAAUGAUACAGCUGUGGGACAUGGAUACCAAGAAAGUUUUAAGAAAAUUUACCGGUCAUGCAAGUCCAGUAACGAGGUUAAAGGUUGUACCCAGCUCCACAUCAGAGUCGUCUCGUGUAAUGAGCAGCUUAGAAUCGGUAGAGGGACUGUAUUUUCUCUCCUGUGCUGAGAGGGAUAGGGUUCUGAAUGUGUGGCAAGUCCGUUCAGCGUUAAAGAGUAAAUCCUCCAUUGCGUCACUUGUUGUUCCUGAUGAGCCACUGGAUUUCGAUAUUUUAAAUUCAUCCAAAGAUCAGAAAACGUACCUCUCUGUUGUCACAAGGAGUGGAGAAGUCCACAUUUUUGAUCCUGUAUUGAAUGGCAAAGCCAAGAACCAGGUGCAGGCGAGGUCACACCUCCUGGUUAGCACAGAGGGUGGCAAGGACAUAUCCCCUAGACCCAUUCCCAUCCUGGCUGCUCUGCUCUGCCCAGAAUUGCGCCCACCUAUCCUCAUUGCUCAUGGCAGCAUAUUGAAACUCACAUUUGAGAGAGUGUCAUUCCUAUCAGAAGACAAGAGCAUCUGCUUAAUACGAGAAGAUCCCUCAACUCAAGCCAUCCCCCAAGUUUCUGGAGAAAAGUUGAAGAAGCCAGUGGUGACCGGAGCAGAAGUAGUGAAGACGCCCAGUGUCCUCGCUCACACUGGCUACAGGGCAGCGGCAGAAGGCGAGAGCGCUGUUGAAGGAAGGAAAAGCAAAAGAAAAUCCUCUCAGUCGAUGGUAAGCAUUGAGGACCGACUUGUUGCCCUCAAUGUGGCUGGUGCUCAGGUGGACAUGUCAACCCAAGACCAGAGUGCUAAGACGGGAUCGUUAGUCAUGCUACUUACACAGGGACUCCAGAGCAGUGAUAAGACCAUGCUGGAUAGUGUGUUCCAACAGCAGAAGGAGUCUGUCAUCAGGAGAACCAUUCAGAGACUCCCCAUCCCCCUGGUGGUGAGUCUAGUCCAGGAACUCGCCUCAAGGAUGAACACAACACCACAGAGUGGACUGGUGCUAGCUCAGUGGACAAAGGUGGUGCUGAGGGAACGGGCAUCUUACCUCAUGACGUGCCCCGAGCUUUUGACCAAACUAAGCCAGGUGUAUGAGAUGAUCAACACCAGGACGCACCAGUCGACACGGAUGAUGAGACUACACGGCAAACUGGAUCUCAUGCUGGCACAGAUAGCUUCUCAGAAGCAAUGUGAGGAAGAACAAGACAGACCUAUGAAAGCAGCACUGAUCUAUGAAGAAGAUUCAUCAGAUGAGGGAGACAUUAUAGAGGAACCAUAUCCCAUGCAGUCGGAAUCAGAGGGCGAGUGGGAGGAGCUAUCAGAAAUGGACGCCCAGGAGUCCCAGGUCGUCCAAGAUGCGGAGGAGCAAGGAGGGCACGAGAGCGACAUGUCAGACCUGGAAGAAGAUGAAGGGGAGGUUGACGAAGACGAGGACGAAGUCGUCGGGGAACCGUCAAGUAGUGAGGACGAUUGAAGACACUCACAAAUUUGCUUCCUAAUUGAAGCCAGUCACUACAGCUGGACUAACUCUCCCCCCCCCCAUUUAUAACAGAUGUCCCCUGGAUUUUCCAGUGAGCUGUCAGUCUGAGAGGAAAAUAUUUAUUUGUCCUUUGAGACAUUAUUAUGUAAUGAAAAAUUACGGUCAGAGUCUUUUGUAUAUGGUACAUUUGAUCACAUGCUGAUGUAAGAUUUGGGAGUUCAGUCAAACUGUUCCAAGCCAUAGUUUGCAGAGUCAUACACUUGUUAAACAUGAAGACUGCCUGUAACCAGGAUAUCAAAACUAAGCCACAUUUCCCCACAUAGGUUUCUGUUGCUGUAGCGUGACUCACAUACAAAUGGAACUUCCAUCUUUGUGAGCAGGGCUUUUUUUUCUAUGCGGUAAAAUAAUUAGAUUGUCAAACUUUGUUUGGAGAGCAUCGCAGCAUUGGUCGGAUGCAGCAGUUCUGCCUGCGUGGAAUCCCUCUACUAACAGUGCAGUCAAAUGUAUCCCAGGUGCGGACGUUGCUCAGUCCAAUCCAAUGGAAAAUUUAGUUAGUACAGGUUUAAUGUCUUUCCGUGUACUCCUUGGCAGGCCUUUGUUCGUACAUUUCUUAAUGCUAGCCAAAGAAAUUCCUGUAAUUUGAGCCGUGCUAACUCAGAAAGUUUUGACUACAUGAUCUUGGCAAUGCUUGUGGGUGUUUCUUUCUGAAGAGAAAGCUUUUGAGUUGGGUCUUUGUUGUUUGACGUGGUCAGAGUGUCCAUGAUUUGGCAACAUCUUUAAGUGCAUCCAAACAAGUGCACGUAAUUGGACUAUUUGAGCCCUUACUAGACAAAGUGAGCAUACCAAAAGGAAGAAUAAGACCGUCUUUAGCAAACAUGCUACCUCAUUUGUCAGGAGGUAUCAUACUUUCAUCAUGUUUUUGAAAUGAAGUGUUCAAAUUGUUCCAUCUUUUGACCUGUUCAAAUCAUGUUGACAAAAACAUAAAGUUUGUUUGUAAGGUAAAUACUGUUGCACGGUUUACUGUGGGGUGACUGUUUGGCUGUUUACCACUUAGAGCUAAGACACGCUUGCUAAUUUCAAAUCCAGCCUGGCUUCUUUGUAACACAUCAGUUUUUUCUAAAUGUUGCCAGAAGGAACCACCAGGUAACGUUGUCAAUUCCAUGUGUUAGGCCGUGACGUCAAACAGGCUACCCAUUAGUUGUGUGUUGUUGGAGUAAAGAGCAUUCAUUGUAGACAAAAAGACUCUUAACAUGAAUGCAAACGGUCGUGCAUAAGGAUUGAAGAAAGACGUGGAUAUCUGUAUGUAUUGCACGUAACCAUCAGUGCUAAAUCUGUCGUUUCAAUAAUGGAGUGAUGCUUUUCUCUGCACCAACAAGCAGCCAGUCACAUUUAAACUAACAUGGAGGCCCAGCCUAAGCUGGUGAGCUAUAUUUGGCAGUGGUAUCGAAGAGCACUAGUGUUCAUGUCAUUUCAAAAUGGGAGUUUUGCAAAAUUAAAGUUUUGUGCUUAAACUUGGAGCAUGCAUGCUUUGGACAAAAAUGUGUGACCUGUUGGAUCACAUUGCGAUGUUUUAAUUUUUUUUUUCCAUUCUUUAUAAAAGUGCCUUGAUAUUUUUUCUGUUUGUUCUGUACCACCCAAGUUGAGUAGCGUGAUUCUUUUCCGUAAGCUUUGUUGGAGAACUGCCAAUUGAUGUUUGCUUUCACCCGAUCCAAAGAGGUAAAGAGGUGUUGUAAGUUGAUAUCAUGCAUAACCUGCAUUCGUCAAUUCUUGCACUGAGUGCACCAGAAGGCAGGCAUAAAACGUGUACCAACAAUGAAAAAGGCAAACAGUUGGCAAAUGUAUGGUUUGGUUGUAAAUGCUUAAAUUCUCUGAAUACCCAACCCCACCUGUGAGCAUUACACAGUAGUGUUGUCGCAAAAUUUUGUAGGAAGCAGUGUUGGUCUACAGAUUUUCAUAUUUUGCCUUGUUCUUCAGUAAGCAUUCUUUCAGUGAGUCUUUUUAGGGCUGAAGCUUGACUAUCAGAAUGUUGGCAAUUUCUCAAUUAAGUUUGAAAGUUCUCAAAGUAAGAAAAGUAUUUCGGAUAGAUGGAGAACCACUGUCUGUGGUGAUUUUUCAAAACGUUUCAAAGAUACAUUUCAGCAUCUGGGGUUUUUUCUCUGUCUUUUGCAUACUUAUUUAGUUGCCAGUUUUCAAAGUAUUUAAAGAGGAUCCAUUUUUUGCAGCCUCACAUGUAGAUUUCAGUAAACAAUACUUUUUUUAAGUAAAUGGUGUUAAGGCAAAUGUGAUCAAGUGUAUAAUAGACAGAAACAUCACUGCCAAAUUGAUAUGAAAAGUCUCAAUCCCGUCAUAUUUUACUGAUAUUUCAUCGAGAUUAUGUAAAUUAACUUUUAAUAGACACUGUAAAAACACAGCCUGUGGCCACCCCCAAAUGUAUUACCCUUGUGUUUGAUUUUAUACAGUUAUCACACAAGAUUGCAAAUUAUUUACCUUUUCUGUUUUAGUGAAAUUAGUUACACUUGAAUUGUGUCACCCUUUUGAGAAAAUCUAUUUUUUCGCCUGAACCAUUCCUGGCAAACGUUACUUGUAAAUUGCACAAUAUUAUCUUUUUUUGAAAAUGAGUUUACUUAUCUUUUUUAUUUUCGAUUAUCAGUAUCUCUGUUCUCAGAGAUUAGCUUUAUUUUUAUGGUUUUGGUGUAAUUUUUUCAUUAGGUAGUAGCUGGAAAAGGCUUCAUAAUUAUCUUUCCGUCAAAACCAUUCUAAAAAAAAGAAAAGCGAGCAUUUUUCUGAAAAUAAUUCUGAUCAGCCUGUCGUGGGUCUUUGGGAAAAAUUUGAACCAGAAUUUCACAUUGUGCCACAAUUAUCUGUUAAGUUCAGAUACCUGGGGAAAAAUCACCUAAAACUGAACUUAACUCCAAAAGAUUUGGGUUAAUGAACAAAUCAAGGGCGCAGAGGCAGAAAAAUUUUGCUCUGCAUCAAAAUAAACAAAGAGAGGUUUAUUUACCCAGA